AUGCCGACCUCUGCAACCAAUGCCCGAGCUGCCAACAGGAGGUCCCAAAGGCGGACCAGGAAAUGGCAUUGGACACAUGACGAGGAUAACCUCCUCACUUUACUCGUGCGAAGAAACGGCGCCGGGAAUUGGGAUCACAUUGCGCGUCAUUUCGAUGGAAGAUCAGGGAAGAGCUGCCGUGUAAGAUGGAUUAAUCAGUUGAACCCCAAGAUCAACAAGGCGCCGUUUUCCGAAUCUGACCAGCGAAGGCUCCUCGAACUUCAUGAAACCUACGGCAAUAAGUGGGCUACCAUCGCCACCUUUUUCCCGGGCCGGACCGAUAACCAGUUGAAGAAUCAAUACCAUGUGCUUUUGAGGGGACGUUUUUCUGCCCCGGCCGUGUCUUCCAGCCCUGUCCCUCCUCGCACCCCGCCUACAGGAGCGUACUACCGUGAUUUUGAAGUGCCGCUGUACAGCAACUAUUUCCCGUACAUCCCGGGACCCACCGAUCCGUUCUGGCAGUCCCCAAAUGGUGUCAACGCCGCCGUUUACUAUGAUGUGGGAAGCCAUGUCGAUCUGGGUGCUUCUUCUGCCGCCUCGGAGACGAGCGCCGUUAUCGAUCCUCCCCCUCCCCACCCUGCUGCGGAAGAGCAUCCGCUCAUCAACUUUCUCGGCGUCUGA